AUGAGCUACCUGGAUGAAGUUCCCUUCCGGAUGGCCAGGAGCCUUGACGGGGACUCGGGGGGAGAAAACACUUUAAUCACCGCCCCGGCUAUCGACCUCCCCGACUGCGCUGACAUCCUCAUGAGCACCAUGCACGACUUCUCGCUGGAAAGAAAAGUGCUUUACUGGGUCGAGGUGGCCUCUCAGCAGCAAACCUCCCGGCAUCGGGUCACCUCCGAAGUCAUCCCCACGGCGCCGCCGUGCUGGCUGCUGCUGGUGGACCCCACCGACAGCUACGGGGGGAGACCGCGGGAAGGGGCGGUACGGCGCUGCGUCAGCCUGAGCGCUGCCGAUGACAGCUACGGGCACGCCAAGGGCAGAGGUGCCUUGUCCGACACCGAGAGCGAGACCUGGCACUCGGACGAGGACGAGUACUCGGAGGACGACGAGUACUCCUCGACCUCCUGGGAAGAGAGCGACAAGGAUGAAAAGGUUUCCAGGAGGAGAAACACUGUGAGAAGUGUGGCUCUGCAUCCUGGCUUUUACCAGACCCGACCAAAGACAUCGCCUGGCUUGCUGGAGCCCUCGCCAGAGAACAGCAGCCACAACCCAGCCAGCCCAGACCCAAGCAAACAGGGAAGAUCCAUGUUGAUAUUUAACAACAUGAAGAACGAGCUGGAAGCGGCCAGGAGGAAGCUGGCUGCUUUGGUGCAUCCUUUGAACAGAGCCUUCGCAGAGAGCAGAGGGGUCCCGGUGCCACAGCCGCUCCCCCAGCGCCCCUGCACCGGCCGCAGCAUCAAGUACGGGCCAGCCCCGGGCGUGUCCCAGCUGGGGACCUUGGUGCCGGCUCCUCCAGCCACGGCCGUGCCAAUCCCCCCGAUCAAACGGCAUAAGCCCACGGUGCCGUCCCUCAGCCCCUACGCCUGCCUUCCCCCUGCCUCCACAUCCCAGCCGGAUUCAGCGGCUGACCUGCUUUCGGCGCUGAGCCAAGAGGAGCGAGACCUCAUCGAACCCGUUAUAGCCUUGGGCUAUCCCACCCACAAAGCCAUCCUCACCCUGCAGAAGACUGGAAGGCAAAGCUUAAGUCAGUUCCUGAGCUACCUGGCUGCCUGUGACCGGCUGCUGAAGCAGGGCUAUGAGGAAGGGCAGGUGGAAGAGGCCAUGGAAAUGUUCCAGUACUCGGAGAAAAAGGCAGCUGAAUUCUUGCAUUUGUUAGCUCAGUUUAACGAUAUGGGUUUCCAGCAAAAUGAAAUCAAAGAAGUUCUUCUGCUUUGUGGGAAUCAGAGGGAGAAGGCACUGGAAGAGCUCGUGAUGAAAGCCCAGUGA